UCCUGGUUCAGAGUCUCUCUGAGCCACACAGCGAGCGAUCCCAGCGAAGUCAUGGGUCAUGGCGAGCGCGACUCCCAGUGAGAGUGUGGAUAGUGAGCUGCGCUGUUCCAUCUGCCUGGGCACGUUCCUCUGCCCCUCGACGCUGAGCUGUGGACACUCGUUCUGCAUCCGGUGCCUGGAGGCUGCCUGGGAGACGGCGAGCAGCUUCAGCUGCCCGCAGUGCCGAGCGACCUUCCCUGUGCGACCCCAGCUGAGGAGGAACGUGGCCCUCGCCAACCUAGCGGAGCAGCUCAGAGUUGGAGACAGGAUGGCCACAGCCGUCGUUUGUGACAUCUGCAGUGAUGGCCACACUCCUGCAGUGAAGACCUGUCUGAGAUGUGAGAUGUCCUUCUGUUUUUCCCACUACAGGCCUCACAGGGAGAAUCCCAGGUUGAAAGACCACAUUGUGGUGGCUCCCAUCGCAAACCUGGAUGAGCGAAGAUGCCCUAAGCACAAAAAGGAGCUAGAAUUCUACUGCACAGUAGACAGCAGCCUGGUCUGCUCAUCUUGUACCAUCGCAGGUAAACACAAAGGACAUGAUGUCACCACGCUGAAGGAUGAGCACGAAACACGGAAGACGCGCGUUGGGGAGGAGACGCGAGCGGUGGAGGAGAAGAGGAAGGAGGCAGAGGAGUCCGUGAAGCGGAUGGAGGCCGCUCGCAAGGAGGCGCAGGAAUCGGUGGCCGGGAUCAGGGGUCGCAUCAUGGGCAAGUUCGCCCACCUAAAGAAGGCUCUGGACGAGGACGAGAAGGAGGCUCUACGUCGCGUGGCCGUGAAGGAGCGCGAGCUGCUGUCCCGGAUCGACGAGGACAUCGCUCGUCACAAGCGGGAGAUCGGCGUGCUCCAGGCGGCGGCCGCUCGCCUGCGCAAUCUGCAGCACGAGAGGGACUCGCUCGCCUUCCUGCAGAGACACCUGGAGAAGCACAGGAGAGAGAUCCCAAAGGAAUCUGCACCCCCACCUCCCACUUCACUGGACGCCACCACGAUUCGCUCCCUUGAAAGAGUCGUGAACAGAUUCCUGCCUCUUGUCUAUGGAUGCUCACCGACUCUGGACACAAACUCAGCCUAUGACCUCCUCCAGAUUUCCUCAGAUCUCAGAAGGAUGACACAGAGCGGUGUCGCCCAGGGUCGCCCCCUUCACCUACAUCGCUUUGAUUGGUGGGACCAAGCCCUGUGCUCUGAAAGCUUCUCGUCGGGUCAGCACUACUGGGAGGUGGACGUGCGGAGUGCGGGUGCUUCGUAUCGGAUUGGAGUCGCGUACGAGACGAUACCACGGAGAGGGCGUGGUGUUGAGUGUAGCCUGGGAGGGAGUGACGUCUCCUGGAGCCUACAGAAAGCUGAGGGCAGAUUCUCGGCUCUGCAUGGCGGGGAAGAGACUUCACUAUCGGUGCCGGAGCCUCCGCGGAGAGUCGGGGUUCAUCUGGACUGGGACGCGGGGUUGCUGUCGUUUUACAGCGCCGACUCCAUGGUGCUGUUACACUCGUUUCACCAAACCUUCGCUCAGCCCCUAUAUCCUGGGCUGUGGGAGUGCGGUGAUGUUGGUGACUCAAUGACGAUUGUGGAUCUGAGUGGUGCAUCCCAAGACGACUAAGAGUGAACAACACAGCAAGCCAUACAGCACACACUGGACACACUGGUUAGUUACUAUAUAGCUCUUGCCUUUUCUGAUUAAGUGAUUAAACAUAUGCUCAUGUUACCGUUGAUAACACUGGUCUACAGCCAAAAUGCUACCGAAAUAAAUGUAGUCCAACUUUA